CUAACGGUUGAUACACCAGACUGUUUCACUUCGGGUAUUCUCCAUCAGCACGCGGUUUUGUUUCGCGAUUCAACCAUGGAUGUUGUGGAGUUACUCUCGUUUCAGCCUGACAAGCCUAACCUUAAACGGAAGAGAGAAGGUGAAGACAAUGCAAAGAAUGAUGAAGAAAAUGGCGGCAUAAUGCCCUUACCCACAAAGAUGAAGGGAUGGGACGAGAAGGUGGAGUCAACAGUGCCAGAGGGAGGAAUGACAGAAGAGGAACGACAGAGAAUCCUCCAAAUGGUAGAGCAAGAACCGGAGGUUCCAAGUCUGGAUGAUGCCGGCCUUCGAAAGUUGAUACUUUCCUUUGAGAAGAAAGUGUACAGAAAUCAAGAAAUGAGGAUCAAAUAUCCAGACAGCCCAGAGAAAUUCAUGGAAUCCGAAGUCGACCUGAACGACACCGUUCAAGAACUUCACGUCAUCGCCACCAGCCCUGAUAUGUACCAUCAUCUAGUGGAGCUGAACGCCAUCAAGUCAUUGAUGCAACUGGUGUCUCACGAGAACACCGACAUUUCCAUUGCGGUCAUCGACCUCCUGCACGAGCUGACGGACGUUGACACGCUGAACGAGAGCGAGGACAGUGCUGGCGCCCUCAUUGAUGCUCUGCUGGAUGAGCAAAUUGUUGCAACGCUGGUGCAGAACAUGGACAGACUGGACGAAAGCGUGAAAGAGGAAUCGGAGGGCAUCCACAAUACACUGGGCAUCAUUGAGAACAUGACCGAGUUCCGACCAGAGAUGUGUGGCGAGGCGGCCCAACAGAACCUGCUGCAAUGGCUGCUGAAGAAACUCAAGCCUAAAGUUCCCUUUGACGCCAACAAGUUAUACUGCAGCGAGAUCCUAGCAAUAUUGCUGCAAGACACACAAGAGAACAGAGAGUUGCUCGGUGAGCUAGAUGGUAUCGACACCCUCCUACAACAGCUUGCUGUUUACAAGAGACAUGACCCCACUAGCACGGAGGAAAACGAAAUGAUGGAGAACUUAUUCAACUGUCUGUGUUCAGCUCUCAUGCUGUCUAGCAAUAAGGGGCGGUUCCUCAGAGGAGAGGGCGUGCAGCUGAUGAACCUCAUGCUCAGGGAAAAGAAAUUGUCCCGACACAGUGCCCUCAAGGUGCUAGACCACGCCAUGACAGGGCCCGACGGCACCGAGAACUGCACCAAGUUUAUCGACAUCCUAGGACUACGCAGUCUGUUCCCGUUGUUCAUGAAGACGCCCAAGAUCCGUAAGAAGACGUCCAGUCCGCAGGAGCAUGAAGAACAUGUCUGUUCCAUCAUGGCCGCUCUCCUGAAGAAUUGCACGGGGACGCACAGACAGCGGCUCAUCAACAAGUUCACGGAAAGUGACCACAUCAAAGUAGAUCGACUGAUGGAGCUGCACUUCAGCUACCUGAGCAGGGUACAACACUGCGAUGACAGGAUAGAGAGGGAAAAACAGAGGCGAGUUCGCGAGGGCGACAUCAUCGACGACGACCAAGAAGACGAGUACUACCUCCGGCGUCUGGAUGCGGGUCUCUUCACCUUACAGUUGGUGGAUUACAUCAUCCUGGACCUAAGCUGCUCCUCAGGGUUACCCACCAUCAAACAGAGGGUCCUUCAACUACUCAACAUGCAUGGGGGAACCAUCUCAGCGAUACGGAACACAGUCAGAGAAUACGCAGGCAACAUAGGCGAUGAAAACAACCAAGACUCAGCCUCAGCUGAGAGGGAAAGACUCAUGACCCUGGUCGAUAAAUUUUAAGAUUGGGUCGUCCAGUUAUCCUCGGUUCUCAGAAGGAGAUCGGUGAUGAGAUUGUCAGCAUUUCUCACUUUGAUCUAUAAGUUCAGCUUGAUCGCCAGCUGCAGAACUGUGAGGAAGCGUUCUUUGACCUCUGAAUUGUUGUUGAAGAAUGUCACGUUCCCGACCCGGAGUGUUGUUGGGACUCGUAUGUUUAUUAACCCAUGGUGUGGAAAAUGGUCAGGCUUCAGGAAGCGGUGGCAACAUGAAAUCAUAAAGCUCAAAACCUCAAUCCUGGAAGACUCAUGCUACAGAACUGGACGUCAUUGGCCGAGGACCCUAGAUGUUUGAAAGGACUGUUGAAAUCAACACCCCAAGGCCUUCCCCCAAUGAAAAAAAAGAUCAGCAGACAGAGCUGGUGAUGAUGGCAACUUACAGCGCUGAAGACAAUUUUUGGCUCUCCAUAAGUACAGUCAAAGGGAGAUCACUUCUGGCCCAUUUUACUCAGUGUUCAAAAUAAAAGUUUAAAACCUUUCAAGUGGAGCACAAUUUCAA